GUUGCUGCCAGAGCACAGCCGUGUGCUCAGUGCCCAGGCUGGAGAGCACCGGGAAUGGCUCCCAGUAACGCUCUCGUGAUCCACGUGGAGGAGAAACUGCUGCCAAAAGAAAAGAAUAAACUCAGGAAGCCGGUGGUGGAGAAAAUGCGCCGGGACCGGAUUAACAGCAGCAUCGAGCAGCUGAAGCUGCUCCUGGAGAAGGAGUUCCAGAGGCACCAGCCCAACUCCAAGCUGGAGAAAGCCGACAUCCUGGAGGUGGCUGUCAGCUACCUGAAACAGCAGAGCCAGCUGCAGGACCCAGCAUUCAUCCACAAGAAUCCAGAGCAGGACUUUAACAGCGGAUACCUGCAGUGCCUCAAGGAAGCGAUGCAUUUUCUGUCCUUCUAUGAACCCAAGAGGGAAACCCAGGCCCAGCUCAUCAAGCAUUUCUGCAAAGCCCAGACGGGUGCAGAUGUCACGUACUCUCCUGCUCCUCGCAGGCCACCUCUGUCACCCUGUCUGCUCGCCAGAAAGCAGCCUGCCCAGAAGACCCCGGCUUCUACCAUCUGGAGACCCUGGUAGACCUGCUGAUGAACUUUGCU